GGCCCGGUCCGUUCUGGACAUGAACAUGAAUUUCGCUCUUCUACGAAAGCUCUGGCGAUCCUCUCCUCCGCCCCUCAACGCCACCAACCCUCUCGCCCUACACAGCAGAACCAUCGGAUCUCUCUCCAUCGGAAACUACCCCUGCGAUAAUCGACAUGGGCGGGGUGCAAGCCGAGAGAGAAGACAAGGACAGGGUCUCUCUGGAGCUCACCGAGGAGAUUCUCCAGAGCAUGGAAGUCGGCAUGACGUUUAGAGACUAUAGUGGUAGAAUCAGUUCCAUGGAUUUUCACCGGGCGUCGAGCUAUCUGGUGACAGCCAGCGACGAUGAGUCUAUUCGCCUUUACGAUGUGGCCAGCGCAACAUGUCUGAAGACAAUUAAUAGCAAAAAGUAUGGGGUUGAUCUGGUCUCAUUCACUUCUCAUCCGACGACUGUUAUAUACUCCUCAAAGAAUGGUUGGGAUGAAUCACUGAGGCUAUUAUCCUUGCAUGACAACAAAUACCUGCGCUACUUUAAAGGUCACCAUGACAGGGUUGUCUCCCUUAGCUUGUGCCCGCGCAAUGAAUGCUUUAUCUCUGGUUCACUGGAUCGCACUGUUUUACUCUGGGAUCAACGAGCUGAGAAGUGUCAGGGUCUUUUACGUGUACAAGGAAGGCCUGCCACAGCUUAUGAUGAUCCAGGCCUGGUGUUUGCAAUUGCUUUUGGAGGAUGCGUUAGAAUGUUUGAUGCUCGCAAAUAUGAAAAAGGUCCUUUUGACAUCUUCUCUGUUGGGGGAGAUGUGUCCGAUGCAAACGUUGUUAAGUUUAGCAAUGAUGGAAGGCUUAUGCUUUUGACUACUACGGAUGGGCAUAUAUAUGUUCUUGACUCAUUCCGAGGCACACUGUUAUCCACUUUCAAUGUCAAGCCUACAUCAAGCAAGUCCACCUUGGAGGCAUCUUUUAGCCCUGAAGGAAUGUUUGUCAUGUCUGGUUCCGGAGAUGGCAGUGUCUAUGCGUGGAGCGUAAGGAGCGGAAAAGAGGUUGCAAGCUGGGUAAGUACCGACACCGAGCCUCCUGUGAUUAAAUGGGCCCCAGGAAGCCUCAUGUUCGCCACAGGAUCGUCCGAAUUAUCAUUCUGGGUUCCCGAUCUCUCUAAAUUGGGAGCUUAUGUUGGAAGAAAGUAGAAGGGUGAUUGUCAGGAUCAUCAUUGCUCAGACGCGAUUCUGACUUAUUUGGAAAGAGUUUAAGAUGCCGACUUAUCCAGAAAAAAAGAUGUUUAUACUCAUAAACAACAGACAGACAACUGUACAGGUGUUGUAGACAUUCCCAAUGUGAGGGUAAUUUUGGCCUUCACUUCACUGCCCUGUAAAUAGUUAGAUAGUUAGGUCGUCACUUGUUUGAUAGGAAACUGGAAUUUUGAAUCUCCUCUUCCAGCCAACAAGUCUGCUGUUAUCAAAAGUUUCUCUGACCUUUCCGAUAUAAUUUUGUGAGACUUGGAAUCACAUUCUUUGGGAAAACUGUUCUUCUUGAUCUGCGGAACACCUCUGGAGCUUACUAUAUGGUUCAUGGUCUUCUUUCGAAAA